CAGAUAGCGAGGUUCUUGCGCUGCGUUAAAUUAUUUCACGCUUACUCAUUUUGUCGCAAAUGGAGUUCGAGUGGGUGCUCCACGAAGAAGUGCACUCAUCGUUGUCGCAGCUCAGGAAUAUUUUGAUGGAAUGUGCUCAACGCUUCCCGCUGACUCUCUUCGGUAACGAUCAGCAUAAUAAAACUGAUAGAUUUGUUUUCGCAGCCCCACAUGAUCAAGUAAAGUGCGUUGCUGUUCUGACAGGCGACAGUAUCACAAAUGCGGAAGUGAAUUUUAAGGUGCAACGACAACAGAAUGUCAAUAUGAGGACAAGUAUUCAAAGUGAGCAUCCAUGGAAGUUACAACAAAUUCAAGAUGCUGCUAAUCAUUUACAGCAAGGCAUUGCUCAUAUAGACAAUGUAGACAGACAUUAUCUUUUUAAAACAUCGGAUGAAGUCAUGCAUGUGCUAGGUAAUAUUUUGGGCUGCCUUCAGAGGAGCAGAACCAGCUUGAUUGUCCCUAGGAAGAAGACAAUUGAUGAUCUCAUUAAAAGUCGGAAUAUGAAAUCUCUCAAUCCAAACCUUCCAGAGAAUUUGGCCAUUAGCUUUUACAUUCAAAGCUACAAACUAGUUUUAGCUGUUUAUCAGUUAGAAAAUGCUCAUGGCAGUGUUAAGUAUGAAACCCAACAAGCAGAAUGCAGCGUACCAUGGCUGAACGACGCUCUAGUAUUGCUUACUAUUGCCCUACAACUUUGUCAACGACUAAAAGAUAAGAUAUGUGUCUUUUCUCAAUAUAAAGAUUUUACAGUAGGUUCUCGUGUUCCUUCUGCAAUGGGCUGGUAACCUAACACCAAGAUUCGUUUUCGAAUAAAAUUUAAUAUAACGUACGAUGAUACAUGCAAGUGAGAAAGAUUUGGCCUCAACUGGUAACAUUUGCUCUGGCCUUUGUUUUUACAUAUGUUAAUUGUUGUCCUUUCAUCGUAUUUCUCAUUGCACUAGAAUGUUGUUCUAAGCGUUUUUAAACGUGGUUAUAGUG